AUGAUGGGCAAAUACAGUCUUCUACUAGCUGCUGUCACCUUGACCUUGCUGCUGGCCAACAGCGCGGGUAAGACGGUGGUGUUUUUCCCGCCCCCACUGACCAGCUACUUCAUCUACCACACAAACAUCGCCGGGGCCCUCGCCAGGAUGGGCCACGACGUGUACCUGUGUGUGCCCCAUUACUUGAUCUCCAAAAAUUUGGUUAAGGACAAGGAUGUGAAAAUACUGGAGUACGGAGAACAACUGGGGGACAUCACCGGAAAAGCCAUGAAGAAUACCAACAUGAUGGAAAAGUUCUGGGCUGGGGAUAGUCUUCACCCAGCUUCGACAAUGUUUAUGGCCUCGGCCGAGUUCGGCAGAGUGACCGUUGAAAUUCUUUCAGAUAAAGUUCUUGUGGAGAAGAUCAGAAGACUCAAGCCUGACCUACUGGUUGUCGACUCUAUCCCCUUCAACAUGAACAUGAUAGUGCUGCCAUACCUGCUGGAUGUUCCCUAUGCUCUGGUGGGAACGCUACACGAUGUAGUGUUAUCUAAAGUUCCUUACAGUCCAGCAACUCCAACAAUGUUGGUGAAGUCCCACAAAGACAGAAUGUCCUUCUUCAACCGGGUGCAACAUUUCUUUUGGUAUGUUGCUCAAAUCAACUUUGACUUGUAUUACGACAGCUCCUGUGUGUCCAAGUUUGCUCCGCACAAACCCUACAGAUCCAUCAAUGAGCUAGCAGCCAAUGCAGAAGUGUUCAUCAUUGAGCUAGACCACAUCUUGGACUACCCCAGACCAACACUUCCCAACACUAAACUGAUCGGAGGCUCCUCCCCUUCCCUGGCUAAACCACUGACCGGAGAGCUCCUGAAGUUUGUCAAUGAGUCCAAGAAUGGGAUCAUCGUCAUGACAUUUGGGGGCACGGUGGUCAACCUGCCUCCCCACUUCACGUCAAAAAUGGCUUCUGCAUUCAAACAACUCGACCUCCGAGUGGUGUGGAGGGUAAACAUGACCUCGCCCGACCCCAAACAGAUCUUGACCUCCACCUGGAUACCCCAAAACGACCUUCUGGGACACGAAAAGACCAAACUGUUUGUGUCCCACUGUGGGAAGAACGGACAGUACGAGGCCCUUUACCACGGAGUGCCCAUUCUCUGCAUGCCCAUAUUUGGUGACCAGUACUAUAACGCAGAAAGAGUUGCAGAUAAGGAAUUGGGCCUUUAUGCUGACAUGCGUACAGCCAGUACAGAACAACUGGCAGCCAUGUUGAAAGAAAUCAUCUACCAGAAAAAAUACACUGAAAACAUGAAGAGAGCUUCCAGCCUGUACAGGGAGUUGUACAAAGACCCAAAGCAAGAGGCCGCCUACUGGCUGGACCAUGUGAUGAAAUAUGGUGGAGACUACAUGAGGUCAGCAGGCCAACAGAUGCCCUGGUAUCAGCUGUACGUAUUAGACGUUAUCGCAUUUCUUCUCACUGUGCUCCUAGCGGCCCUGUUCAUCAUCUACUUCAUCAUUAAGCAAAGCCUCAAGUGUUGUGGAUUCCAGCAGAAGAAAGUCAAAGCAAAAAACGAGUAA